AUGUGCAACGGCGUCGAGCGGCGUCGAGCGGCGUCGAAGAUGGACGACGGAAAGACUCGUGCCGAAGCUCUGAUCGACAUCACUGUUCGUUCACACAAGCCGCUACAGCUACACUGUACCAUUGUCCUUGAAUUGAUCGUAAAGUCGGGCGAAGCUCGGACAGUUGGCGUCGGAGUUGGGUGUGCUCUCCCCAACCUCGCCAAAAUCACAAAGUGGCCGGUCUUUUAG